CAUGAACCUCUUCAGACGGUUUUGAUCCGAAUUUCCCCCAUCGAGUGGGAGAAUAAAUGGCGUCGUGGAACUCUUUUCCUCUCGAAAUAUCUUACAACGUUUUCGGUUGGAUUGCUUUCUUCUCAUGGUCUAUUAGUUUCUAUCCUCAGGUUAUCCUGAAUUUCAGAAGAAAAAGUGUUGUGGGGUUGAAUUUCGAUUUCUUGGUCCUCAAUUUCACGAAACACUCGUCGUAUCUCAUCUACAAUGCGUCUCUUUUCUUUAGCCCUGUUAUUCAGAGGCAAUACCACGAGAAGUAUGGCUACAGAGAGAUGAUCCCAGUCGCUGCAAAUGAUGUGGCUUUCUCAGCACAUGCUGUUCUACUGACAGCAAUUACUUUGUUUCAAGUUCUCAUCUAUGAUCGUGGGAGUCAAAAGGUCUCAAAGACUUGUAUCACAAUCACAUGUGCUGUCUGGGUUUCUGCUGCAGUCUGUGUGUUUGUAGCGGUGCCAAACCAUUCAUGGCUUUGGCUAAUAUCUGUCUUUAACACAAUACAAGUCAUCAUGACAACCAUCAAAUACAUUCCCCAGGCCAUCAUGAACUUUGCUCGGAAAAGCACAGAAGGAUGGAGCAUUGGCAACAUUUUGCUUGAUUUACUUGGAGGUUUGAUGAACUAUGCACAGAUGGCUAUGCAGUCUAUAGACCAGGAUUCUUGGGUGAACUUCUAUGGGAAUAUAGGGAAGACCCUGCUUUCCUUGGUGUCUAUCUUCUUUGACCUCCUCUUCAUGUUCCAACAUUAUGUGCUAUAUCCUUUCAAGAAAACCAUUGUUUCUCCAAAGGUUGAUUUGGAAAGCACAACUCAACUUCUGGAUUCCUCCGAUCCCUCCAUAGCAGAGAACACAUGAAGGAUCCUGCCUUGGCAUUAUUGUUGUAAAAUUGUCUCAAUAUACAAGUAAAAAUUGGAACCUGUGUAACACAAAACAAUAGCAAAAAUAGGAUUUGAUCAAACUCUUAAUUUAUCAGAUUUCAUCUUGUUGCUUUGAUAUAAAUAUUCUUCAUUAAUUUAUGUUAAGUGCUAAAUGCUAUUUUUCAUUUCACUGUACUGGCACAACUGUAAAUGGGAGGAUUUAAAAUUCUGAAUGUCUAGAAAAUUGCAG